UUUCCCCCCUUUUUGAAUGACGCUUUAUUACCAUAUGGAAAUUACCUUUCAUGCACUAUAAAACAAAUGGUAAGGCUAGUCUGCAGUUCUACUACACAAACCUAAAAACAAAGCAGAGAGAGAGUGAUAAUGGCAACCCUCAAAGUUCCAGCUCAUGUUCCUGCUCCUUCCGAGGAUGCAGAGCAGCUUCGUAAAGCUUUUGAAGGCUGGGGUACUAAUGAGCAAUUGAUCAUCGACAUAUUGGCUCACAGAAAUGCCGAACAGCGAAAUUUGAUCCGAAAAACUUACCAUGAAGCUUAUGGGAAAGACCUCCUUAAGUCUUUGGACGAGGAACUUACAAGUGACUUUGAGCGAGCAGUGGUGCUGUUUACAUUGGACCCUGCAGAACGUGAUUCAUAUCUGGCUAAUGAAUUUACCAAGAGAUUAACAUCAAGCAAUUGGGUUAUCAUGGAAAUAGCAUGCACUAGGUCUUCACAUGAACUGUUCAAUGUGAGGAAGGCGUAUCACGCUCGCUAUAAGAAAUCCCUUGAAGAAGAUGUUGCACACCAUACCAAGGGAGAUUACCGCAAGCUUUUAGUCCCACUCGUUAGUGCAUUUCGAUAUGAGGGAGAGGAGGUGAACUUGACAUUGGCAAAGUCGGAGGCAAAGAUACUUCGCGAUAAGAUCUCAGACAAGGAAUACAGUGACGAGGAAGUCAUCAGAAUUGUAACAACAAGGAGUAAGGCACAGCUAAAUGCGACCCUGAAUCACUACAAUAAUGCCUUUGGGAAUGCUAUCAACAAGGACUUGAAGGCCGACGCCGACGAUGAAUUCCUCAAACUGCUGAGAGCAGCAAUUAAGUGCCUGACUGUCCCCGAGAAAUAUUUCGAGAAGGUUCUACGACAAGCCAUCAACAAGAUGGGAACAGAUGAAUGGGCACUAACUAGAGUUGUGACGACUAGAGCCGAGGUAGACAUGGUACGUAUUAAGGAGGAAUAUCAGCGAAGGAACAGUGUGACUUUUGAAAAGGCGAUUGCCGGUGAUGCUUCCGGAGACUACGAGAAAAUGCUUCUUGCCUUGAUUGGAGCUGGAGAUGUCUGACCUGAGCUGAGCUGCUUUUCUAUAUUCAGUACUUGGUAAUAAUAAUGUAUUUAGUAUGGACCUUGAGGUGUGAGACUUAUGUUUUAUUGUUUUUGUCCUUCAGUGUCUGAACAUGGCUUGAGUUUGGUGUUUUUAUCAAGUGUUUUUGCGGUCACAACAUGUCAGUUGCACAAUAACAAUAUAUUUAAUGAUUAAAUAAAUUAUGUUUUUAAUAUCA